AUGUCGCCUUAUCAGCUCACCGCCACCCUCCUCGCCUUGAUUUCGGGCACUGCCUACGGCUACCCGCAAUUAGGUUUCAAACCCGGUGCCGGAUUUGGUGGUGGCAGUUUCGGCUUCGGCGGCCCUGGUUUUAAGGGUGCUGGAAACCUCGGCUAUGGACCUUCUGCUUCCAAGGCGGGCGCUGGCUUCGGCGGUGGCAGUCUCGGCUACGGAGGAGCUGGUUUCAAGUCCGGUGCUGGAAACUUCGGCUACGGACCACUUGGCUUCAAGGCCGGUUCAGGCUUCGGCGCUAGCAGUCUAGGCUACGGACCAGCUGGUUUCAAGUCCGGUGCUGGAAACCUCGGCUACGGACCAGUUGGCUUCAAGCUGGUUUUCAAGUCUGGUGCUGGAAACUUGGGCUACGGACCAGCUAGUUUCAAGACCGGGUCAGGCUUCGGCACUGGCAGUCUUGGCUACGGACCAGCUGGUUUCAAGUCGUGUUCAGGCUUCGGCGCUGGCAGUCUCGGCUACGGACCAGCUGGCUUCAAGGCCGGUUCAGGCUUCGGCGCUGGUAGCCUCGGCUACGGACCAGCUGGCUUCAAGUCUGGUGCUGGAAACUUCGGCUACGGGCCAGCUGGUUUCAAGGCCGGUUCAGGUUUCGGCGCUGGCAGUCUCGGCUACGGACCAGCUGGCUUCAAGUCUGGUGCUGGAAACCUCGGCUACGGGCCAGCUGGUUUCAAGGCCGGUUCAGGUUUCGGCGCUGGCAGUCUCGGCUACGGACCAGCUGGUUUCAAGUCUGGUGCAGGAAACUUCGGCUACGGACCAGCUAGUUUCAAGGCCGGGUCAGGCUUCGGCACUGGCAGUCUCGGCUACGGACCAGCUGGCUUCAAGUCUGGUGCUGGAAACCUCGGCUACGGGCCAGCUGGUUUCAAGGCCGGUUCAGGUUUCGGCGCUGGCAGUCUCGGCUACGGACCAGCUGGUUUCAAGUCUGGUGCAGGAAACUUCGGCUACGGACCAGCUAGUUUCAAGGCCGGGUCAGGCUUCGGCACUGGCAGUCUCGGCUACGGACCAGCUGGCUUCAAGUCUGGUGCUGGAAACUUCGGCUACGGACCAGCUAGUUUCAAGUCGGGCUCAGGCUUCGGAGCUGGCAGUCUCGGCUACGGACCAGCUGGUUUCAAGCCUGGUGCUGGAAACUUCGGUUUCGGAGGCGGAAAAGGCUCCGGCUUCGGUGUUGGAUACGGUCAGGGCUACUGAUCAGCCGUGAGUGGAAUGGGCGCCAAGUGAACAUGCACGGCCUGGAUUCGCCUUCUCCAAAACAAUGGCAGUUGUGUAGCGAAGCUGGUGUCUAGAAUACAUAUAUUUAUUCUGUGAAUGUUUCUUGGACAUGGCCACGACCUUAUACACUGAUGUCAUAGGCAGUUGACAUCCUGGGAUCUGGCGGCCUACUGUCGUGCUAUUGUUUCGGCACUAGCCUUUGUCGUAACUAAGGUAUGCCCAGAGAGCACUUGCCAUAAAUAAAUGAAAUCCUUUACGCAC